UCCUUUUCUUUUCGAACAAUAUCCGUCAAGACGGACCUGUUGUUUUCAUAGGUCCGAACGGACGGACGGACGGACCUCUAGCCACUUCCUUUUUUGUUUUCCCCACAGACAAAUCUGUUCCAUCCUAUAUCUAUCUAACCUCACUUCUAAUGUUAUUUCGAGUUAUUCUAAUUUUUGAAUAGUUGAAUAGUCAUUCUAAAUUUCGAAAUUUAAAUUAAUAAUUACAAUAUUCCAUACAAUUAAAGAAACUUCUAGAGAAUGGCUUCUCUGUUACAGUUUUCCAAACCAACUGAUUUAAGUGGCUAUGUGUUGAUGAUACCCAGUGUUUCAGUAGGAAAUCUUCCGCAAUUAACUAUUGAUCUCUUAAUAAAGACAUACAGUUUUGAAAAAAUAGCUUCAAUUUGGCAUCCAGCGAUUGUAUCCAUGGUGGGAAGUGAUCCAUAUAAUUCAAGUUCAUCUGAAGUAUGCACAGCAUGCGAAUUCUAUUCAAACGAGAAAUUAAAAAUAGCCUGCAUACAGUUAAGAUCUACACUGGACUAUAAAUUAGCAAAAAAGUUUUUUGAUGAUAUUUAUAACGUGAUAAAAGAAUUGCAAUUGAAAAAAGUUAUAAUCUUAUCGAGUGCAUUUGAUUACGAAUUGCACAAUAUUAAUAAGGAAAGAUUUUAUUUCUUAGAUAAUACUCAAAAUAACAGCUUUGCAACAAUUUCUAAUAUCAAGCAAUUAGAAAUGAAUAAUAAUGGCAAAUAUUUAAUAAAUGGAUCAGGAUUUUCUCUAAACUUGUAUGACGUUAUUUCUAGAGGCUUAAAAUGUGUUUUAUUGGGAAAGUACAUAAGUGAAGGAGAUAACCGACCAGAUGCUCAGUCAUUGCUAGAAAAAACGUUUCAAAUAUUAGAUAUGCAAAAGAAGUUAAAGAAUAUCGAAUACCCUAGUUCUUGGGCUUAUGUAUUUGGAGGCCCACCACCUAUUGGAAUAUAUUAAAUUACGGUUUUCUCUGAAUGUUUUUAUUUAAUAAAUUAUGUUUACUAUA